ACCACUGGCACAGCAAGGUCUCUUUUCAUCAAUGUUUACGUUUUUCAGCGAAAAAUUAGCAAAUAGUUGAACAAAAUACAUAAUUAUACCUUGGCCAGGCGAAAUAACGCACAAAUGUCGCUGCUGGAUCAAUACGAGCAGCAGUAUGCAGCACUAAUAGCUGAAAUUACGGCCCAUAUUGGACGGCUGCAACAACAGAGUAACAGCAGUGACCGCCAUGAAUUGUGUGGAAAGAUUGAUACUAGUCUUCCAGAGGCCCAAGAGCUUCUGGAGCAAAUGGGAUUAGAAGUAAGGGAGUUAAAUCCUGCCCAAAGAACCAGCUUCAAUGGGAAACUCCAGGUAGCCCAGGCUGAGUUUAAGCGACUUCAAGCUGAGUACAGGCAAACGAGGGACAAACAGCGAGCUCAAGCGAAUACGUUUACAACGCUAGAUUUGGGGGACAGCUAUGAGGAUGUCUCCAUCAGCACGGAUCAGCGCCAGAGACUGCUGGACAACUCGGAGAGCAUCGAAAGAACAGGAAACCGGCUGACCGAAGGGUAUCGCGUAGCGCUGGAAACAGAACAAAUGGGAGCACAGGUCUUGAACGACUUGCAUCACCAGCGGGAGACCCUUCAGGGAGCUAGAGCUCGGCUAAGAGAAACCAAUGCGGAGCUAGGAAGAGCAUCCCGCACCCUAAACACUAUGAUGUUGAGAGCUCUCCGAGAAAAGGUAGUUCUUUACGGUGUUGGUGUAUGUUUCGUGGUCGCUGUAGGUGUCAGUUUGUAUUUAACCUUUGCACCGAGCUCAUCCACUCCUGUCACUUUGUAAUUAAUGUAACUAACACUACAAUUAUUGAUACUUCAAGGAUAGCCCAAGUUUAGUAAAAAAAAUACGUUAACCCAUUCCAUUUUUGUGAGGUGAUUAUUUAUUGUUUAGAAUACAUAUUUUAUCUUUUAUGAGAUAUUAUGUGGAAGAAAGCUGUAUACUUACGCACUAAUCUGCUUUAGGUCGGGACUGAUCGUUUCACAAAGGUGUGGCAAAAGGUUUUU